UAGUCACUUGGUGGAUCGCAACCACGACGGACAUGGACGAUACGGACCUCUCGAUUUUUCGCUCCAAGAAUCGCAAGAAAGACAAUGCGGAUGCUACGACAAUGGCCACUACGCCCACCUCGGAGGCAUAUCAAAAUCGUAUUAUCACAUCGAGGCCAACGACCGAGGAUACCUAUCCAAAUUGUCCACGCGCCGGUGUUGCCCUGAUCCUCAACCACAAGGAAGUCAAGGCGCACAAGAUGCGCAUGGGCACCGAACGGGAUCGCGAUGCUAUCAAAAAAUCUCUGCUCAGUUUUGGUUUCGACGUGCGGGCCUACAACGAGCUAACCUUUGCCGAAAUCAGCGAUUUGCUCCAAAACGUGGCACGCGAGGAUCACAGUCAGAACGACUGUUUCGUACUGGUUGUCAUGUCGCAUGGCGAGGAAGGCAAGGUCUACGCCAAGGACAUGGCGUAUCCCGUGGAGCGUCUGUGGAAUCCCUUUCUGGGCGACAGCUGCAAGACGCUUGUGAACAAGCCGAAGCUCUUCUUCAUACAGGCCUGUCGCGGCAACAAUUUCGAGAGGGCCGUGGAGUUCACAGAGUUCACAGUCAUGACUAGAGAACUGGCCCCACCAGCGGCCCCAGUGACACAGCCCAUUACCUAUGCCAUUCCCAGCACCGCUGACAUGCUCGUCUUCUACUCAACCUUCGAGAAGUUCUACUCGUUUCGCAAUGUCGAAUACGGCUCUUGGUUCAUACAGACUCUCUGCAAGGUGCUCGACUUGGCUGCCUGCAAUGAGGCCAGUCAGCCGGAGGGCGUGGAUCUGCUGCGUCUGCUGACCACAGUCAAUCGCAAGGUCGCCUACGAGUAUCAGUCGGACAUGAAGAACGUGGAGUACAAUCAGAUGAAGGAAAUGCCCAAUUUCAUGUCCACAUUGACCAAAACUUUCAACUUGCGCGUUAAGCCAAAGAAUUGAAACAGCCAGCAGAGCCUAUUCGAU